AUGGUGGAAGCAAGAGGUGAAGGUAGAGGGAGUUUCAUUGCCGGUCCCUCAACGAGAAAUCAGAGAAUUGAAAGACUCUGGAGGGACGUCUUCAGGUGUGUGUGUCAUCUUUUCUACUACGUGUUUUACGCAAUGGAGGAUACAGGCCUGCUUAACGUUGACAAUGCAACGGAUAUGUUUGCGCUACAUUUGACAUUCCUCCCAAGAAUAAACCUUGCGCUUCACGAAUAUAUGGAGGCCUUCAACCAUCACAAGGUAAGGACAGCAAACCAUUGGUCCUCAUAUCAGAUGUGGGUCAAUGGCAUGUUAAAUGAAGACAACCCCUUGGUACAUGGGCAAUUAGAUGAGGAUCCUGAUGACCUGGAGUUCUAUGGUGUUGACCCAGAUGGGCCAUCUCCAUUUGAAGAUAGCAACAACAAUGUUGUUGUUCCUCCAGUGACAUUACCAGUUGAACAUCAGUCAGUUCAAGCCAAAGUUCUUGAGCAGAUCGAUCCAUUCAUGUCAUCGAUGCAAAUGGGCAUAGAUAUCUACACUAACAUUCACCAGAUAGUAAAGGAGAGCGUUGAAAACUGUUAA